UUUAUAUUCCCAUUGCCAUUGGCAGUGAUACAAAGGACAACUUUAAUAAGAUUAGGCACAAGUGAAGAACCAGUCAAUAUGACUACUAUUCGACCAUUUACAUGUGAUGACCUGUUCCGUUUCAAUAAUGUAAAUUUAGACCCUCUCACAGAAACUUAUGGCUUGCCAUUUUACAUGCAGUAUCUUGCCCAUUGGCCAGAAUAUUUUCAAAUAGCUGAAUCUCCAAAUGGGCAAAUAAUGGGAUACAUUAUGGGUAAGGCAGAAGGCUCAGGGGAAAUGUGGCAUGGCCAUGUUACAGCGCUAACAGUCGCACCAGAAUUUCGACGGCUUGGAUUAGCAGCCAAAUUGAUGCAAAAUCUGGAAACCAUCUCAGAAAAAAAGCAGUGUUACUUUGUGGAUCUGUUUGUACGAGUGUCGAAUAAAGUGGCAGUGGAAAUGUAUAAGAAAUUAGACUAUAGUGUUUAUAGACGGGUUUUAGAAUAUUAUUCUGGAGAAGUGGAUGAAGAUGCAUUUGAUAUGAGAAAAGCUUUGCCAAGAGACAAAGAUAAAAAAUCUAUUAUACCAUUGACUCACCCAGUAAGACCAGAAGAAUUGGACUGACUGUAUGUUCUGCAAAUAGUGGUGGACUUUUUAAAAGUUAUUUUUUUCGUUGUGACUGUAUUUGGACUUUAUCUUACAUUUUUUUGCCAUCUAAAUUAAACUUGUUUUGAUAAUAAUGUGUUUCCAUUGUUUAAUUAAUGGAAUUAAUCAGAUUUUUAAAUCAAGGUUAUUUAUGUACUUGUUUUGUUAGUUAUUACAUGAAGUCAUGAAUAAUUAUAUAUUGGAAUAUUUCAUUAUACUUUUCAACAAUGUAGCAGGAAGUAAAGUUCAAUAGAACCAUUGAAUGCAAUUAUUCCAUAUAUUUCUCUUUAUUAUUCGAUAAACAGUUUUAUAGUCCUAGUUAUUCUGAUCCAACUCUUUUAUGUCUCUGCAAUAUAAAGUUUCCCAUUAUUAUACCACUAAUAACAAUACACAACGAGCGCUAAAAGGCAUUGAUCAGAUUUUCUUAAUAAUCAGAUGCACAAGUGCAGGUGGCAAAUUUCAUUGAAACUCCCACGUACAUCAACACUACAUCUAUCUAAUAGGCAUUGCAUAACGAGUGAUAUUGGAUCAAAUAGACCUACCUACGGUACUUAAAAGAUAACAUAACAAAGAUCAAUAGCAUUCUAUGGUUUUCUCAUCAUAUAUACAAAACUUUCAUUUGGUUGCCUAAAAAGUGAGUUUGUAAAAUCUAAAACUAUUCAAUCCUAACGCUCGUGUAUCAUAUCGUCGAUGAAGUGUCAAAAGGGUGUACCGGGUAUCUAAGAAUUUCUUUUGCAUUUCAAAAUUUCCACAAAUCAAGAUACAACAUUUGGACACAUGAUACCCAGAACAGUUCUAAUUGGUGUAGAGAUACACAGCUUAGACAGAAAUGUGCAUAUUAAUUGGGAGAUUUUAAAAAUGCAAAAAUGUGUAUUUGACUAAUUUCCCGAGAUACACCCUUUUGAUACUUCACCGACGAUAUAAUUUUCUAAUGAGUUACAUGGUAAGAGUAGACUGGUUGACGGAAAGAAUAUAUAGUAAUGUUUUAAAACACUAUUGGUGAAACUCCAAAAUUGUAAUAAGGAAAAUUUUCAGCUAAAUAUUUUUGUGUCUUUCAGUUGCAUUAGUCCAGUUUAUGACUAUUUUGUCAGUAAUGGAUAUGGAUUGACCUAAAUUGCAUUGAAACAAUGUUAUUAUAAUACUAGUCUUUUCAAACUUUAUUCAUUUCUAUUUAUGUGUGAUGUACGUCAUAAUAUAAUAUGAAUGCAAUACAAAUCUGAAAGACGAAAUAUUAAAAUGAUUACAUUGUUUAGACUAUUCACUAACACCACUCUUUGCAGAUUCAAAAUUCAUGUGAACACUAACGUAUGGCUUUACAAGCUAAUUCAAUUUAUAUUCAUAAAUGCAUUAUAAUGAAAAUGUAUUAAUACUAUAAAUAAAAUGGAUGUAAGUAGUG